AUGGAGCAGUCACUGUCAUCGUUAAUACUCACCAAACCAACCAGGAGAUGGUACUGUGGCACGGAGGUGGUGCUACGGCAUGGAGGGCUGUGCGGCAGGAGAAGAAGGGGGGAGGGGGAGGCGGGGGAAGAAGAAUGGUGGGAGGCUGGCCAGGGGCUCGGAGAGGUGGUCGAGGGCUCGAGAGGUGGUUGGGAGUUCGGAGAGGCAAUCGGGGGCUCAGGGAGGCCUAUGGGCUCAGGAAGGUGGUCGGGUAGCGUGGUAGGGGAAAAUGGAGAUCGGAGGUGGGGUGAAGAGGGGCACGACGGAGUAAGAAGGGGGAGGCGGCGGGGGGUCCGAUCCGAUAAGGAGAGAGGUGGGGAAGGAAAAGAGAGGUCGGACGGUGGGACACCGGCUCUGAGAGGUAGUGGGAGCUUGGGGAUGAGGGGUCUGCAAAGAAAAGGGGAGGCUGGGCAAUGUGAGGCUAGGGGGAGGAGGUUGGGGGCUCCAGCGGUGAGGCCUGAGCUGGGGAUACGAGAGAGGAGGAGAGGGGGGGUUCGAUUGGUCGUCGAUGGGGGGAUGAAAAUCGAGGGUGGAGAUGGCUAA